AUGAUUGUUCCACGCUUGAAAUUCAUUCAUAUACUUCUAUUAUUUUUAAAAAUACUAUCACGGAGAUAUUUGCUGGUUUCAUCACAAACAAGUCAAAAUAUUAAUGUUUUGUUCAUCAAUGAACUUGACAAUGACCCUGCAUCGAAAGCUAUCGAUAUCGUUCAGACGUAUUUAAAGAAAAAUGCAAAUUAUGGUUUGUCGGUGCAAAUCGAUAAAAUUGAAGCGAAUAAAACGGAUGCUAAAGCUUUGUUGGAAUCAAUUUGUGUAAAAUAUGCUGAAAGUGUUGAUAACAAACAGCCACCACAUGUGGUAUUCGACACAACAAAGUCUGGUAUAGCAUCCGAAACGGUUAAAUCUUUUACACAGGCUUUGGGAUUGCCCACAGUAAGCGCAUCCUAUGGCCAGGAAGGUGAUCUGCGACAAUGGCGAGACAUGGAGGAAAGUAAACAAAAAUAUUUGCUGCAAGUAAUGCCACCAGCUGAUAUAAUACCAGAAGUUGUACGCAGUAUUGUCCGAAAGAUGAAUAUAACCAAUGCUGCCAUCCUGUACGAUAACACCUUUGUCAUGGAUCACAAAUACAAAUCGCUUCUGCAAAAUAUUCAAACACGUCAUGUUAUAACGGCUGUGGCGGAGGGUGAAAGUGCCAGAGCAGAUCAAAUUGAACGUUUGCGUAAUUUGGAUAUAAAUAACUUUUUUAUAUUGGGUAGUUUGAAGACAAUUGGACAAGUACUUGAGUCGGUUAAGCCGGCAUUUUUUGAGCGUAAUUUUGCCUGGCAUGCGAUUACACAAAAUGAGGGCGAGGUAAGCAGUAAACGUGACAAUGCUACCAUUAUGUUCCUGAAACCUAUUGUAUAUUCCCAAAAUCGUGAACGUUUGGGACAAUUAAGAACCACAUAUAAUCUAAAUGAAGAACCACAAAUAAUGUCGGUGUUCUAUUUCGAUUUAGCUCUAAGGACUUUCUUGGCAGUAAAAGAUAUGCUGCAAUCAGGUGCUUGGCCUGCUAAUAUGGAAUAUUUGGGUUGUGACGAUUUUCAAGGUGGUAAUACUCCAGAAAGAAAUAUUGAUUUGAGGCAGGCAUUUGUUCAGGUUACCGAACCGACAUCAUACGGUGAUUUUGAAUUGGUCACGCAACCAGGAAAACCAUUCAAUGGUUACAGUUAUUUCAAAUUUGAAAUGGAUGUAAAUGUUGUACAAAUUCGAGGUGGUAAUUCCGUCAAUAGUAAAUCAAUUGGCAGUUGGACAGCUGGUUUAGAUUCCCCACUUGUUGCUAAUGAUGAGGAAGCUAUGAAGAACCUAACUGCUGAUACUGUAUAUCGAAUCUUUACGGUUGUGCAAGCACCAUUUAUUAUGAGAGAUGAAACGGCGCCCAAGGGAUACAAGGGCUAUUGUAUUGAUCUUAUCAAUGAAAUUGCCGAUAUUGUACAUUUCGAUUAUACCAUCGAAGAGGUAGAAGAUGGCAAAUUCGGCAACAUGGAUGAAAAAGGUGAAUGGAAUGGCAUCGUAAAGAAACUGAUAGACAAAAAAGCCGAUAUUGGUCUGGGAUCAAUGUCUGUGAUGGCUGAACGUGAAAUAGUCAUCGAUUUUACGGUACCCUAUUAUGAUUUAGUUGGUAUCACUAUUAUGAUGCAGAGACCAAGUACACCUAGCUCGUUGUUCAAAUUCUUAACUGUGUUGGAGACAAAUGUCUGGCUAUGUAUCCUGGCCGCAUACUUCUUUACCAGUUUUCUUAUGUGGGUCUUUGAUCGCUGGAGCCCGUACAGCUAUCAGAAUAAUCGAGAGAAAUACAAAGACGACGAUGAAAAAAGGGAAUUUAAUCUGAAGGAAUGCCUGUGGUUCUGUAUGACUUCUUUGACACCUCAAGGUGGUGGCGAAGCACCGAAAAAUCUUUCUGGACGUUUAGUGGCCGCCACAUGGUGGUUGUUUGGCUUCAUUAUCAUUGCUUCAUACACUGCCAAUUUGGCUGCUUUUCUGACAGUGUCACGUUUGGAUACACCCGUGGAAUCAUUGGAUGAUCUUGCCAAACAAUAUAAAAUAUUGUAUGCCCCACUAAAUGGUUCAUCGGCAAUGGUCUAUUUUGAGCGAAUGGCAAAUAUUGAACAAAUGUUCUAUGAAAUUUGGAAAGAUCUGUCACUCAAUGAUUCGCUAUCGCCCUUGGAAAGAUCACGCCUAGCUGUAUGGGAUUAUCCGGUUAGUGACAAAUAUACGAAAAUGUGGCAAGCCAUGCAAGAGGCACAAUUACCGGCCACACUAGAUGAGGCGGUUCGAAGAGUUCGUAAUUCAACCACAGCAACUGGAUUUGCAUUCUUGGGAGAUGCUACAGACAUACGUUAUCUUGUAAUGACUAACUGUGACCUUCAAGUGGUGGGAGAAGAAUUUUCACGUAAGCCCUAUGCCAUAGCAGUGCAGCAGGGUUCCCAUCUAAAGGAUCAGUUUAAUAAUGCAAUUUUGACUCUACUCAACAAACGACAAUUGGAAAAGCUCAAAGAGAAAUGGUGGAAAAAUGAUGAAGCUCAAGCCAAGUGUGACAAACCGGAAGACCAAUCCGAUGGUAUUUCAAUUGAGAAUAUUGGUGGUGUAUUUAUUGUGAUUUUCGUUGGCAUUGGAAUGGCUUGUAUUACACUGGUCUUUGAAUACUGGUGGUACAAGUAUCGUAAAAAUCCCCGUAUUAUUGAUGUUGCUGAGGCGGCAUCGACACCACCUGGAAAAGAUGUGAAAUUAGCCGAAGGCAUUAUACUGGGUCAAACCGGCAAGGAAUAUGAAAAGGCAAAUGCCGCUUUGCGUCCCCGUUUUAAUCAAUAUCCCCAUAAUUUUAAACCUAGAUUCUAAAUGUGUAAAAUGACAUUCU